GCUAUGGUAUUUGAGCUCGUUUAAGCACAGAACUUUCUCCAUUCCAUAGGGAGUGAGGGAGGCUGUGUCUGCUCACCAUGCCCACCUGCACUUCGUUAGGGAGCAGAAUAUUCACAUGCCACACCACAAGAGCGCCACAGUGACAUAACUCCAUUCAGAGCCUGGCGUGACUGCGCUGCUCCCCCCACCCCCACCCUCCUCAGCUCUUGUAUCACUAAGAUUCUGGCAGUCAGUCCCGUCCUGACAGAGUUCACAGCAUAUAUUGGUGGAUUCUUGUCCACAGUGCAUCUGCUUUAAGAAUUAACAAAAGCAGUGUCAAGACAGUAAGGUAAGAUUCGGAGCAUUUGUUGAAAAUGAACGUAGGCACGGUUACUUUCCUCUUGGCAUUGACCAGUGGCGUCAGUGGGCAGUACUACGAUUAUGAUUACUACCCUUCCUUUUUGCGUUCUUCCUCACCCAACUGCGCACCAGAAUGCGAAUGCCCAGGCAACUACCCAACCGCCAUGUACUGCGAUGAGCUAAAGCUAAAAAGUGUGCCCAUGGUACCUCCUGGCAUCAAGUACCUCUACCUCCGGAAUAACCAGAUUGACCACCUUGAUGAAAAGGCCUUUGAGAACGUGACCGAUCUUCAGUGGCUUAUUCUAGAUCACAAUCUUCUAGAAAACUCCAAGAUAAAGGGGAAAGUUUUCGCCAAACUGAAACAGCUGAAGAAGCUGCACAUAAACUACAACAACCUGACAGAGACUGUGAGCCCACUGCCCAAAUCUCUGGAGGAUCUUCAGCUCACUAACAACAAAAUUUCAAAGCUGGGAUCCUUUGAAGGGCUGGUGAACCUUACUUUCAUCCACCUUCAACACAAUCAGCUGAAGGAGGAAACCAUUUCAGCUGCUUUAAGAGGUCUUAAGUCCCUUGAAUACCUGGACUUGAGUUUUAACCAGAUGUCAAAACUUCCAUCUGGUCUCCCUGCAUCUCUUCUAACUCUCUACCUAGACAAUAAUCAGAUUAAAAACAUCCCUGAUGAGUAUUUCAAGCGUUUUGGUGCACUGCAAUACCUGCGUUUAUCUCACAAUGAACUAGCUGAUGGAGGGGUACCCGGAAAUACGUUUAAUAUAUCAUCUCUGCUUGAGCUGGACCUCUCCUAUAAUAAACUGAAAAGUAUACCAACUGUUAGUGAAAACCUUGAAAACUAUUACUUGCAGGUCAAUGAACUUGAAAAGUUUGAGGUGAAGAGCUUCUGUAAGAUCCUGGGACCAUUGUCCUACUCCAAGAUCAAGCACUUGCGCUUGGACGGCAACCCCCUUACACAGAGCAGCCUGCCACCUGACAUGUAUGAGUGUCUACGCGUAGCAAAUGAAAUCACUGUUAAUUAGUAUCUACUCAUUCCAAUUAUAUUAAGGUAUAUCUUAGAGUGAUACUUCAUUUUUUUUUUGAAUGUAAGGUUUUCAUGGCAUCCAUUUUUGUUGUUGUUUUUUAAUUCCAUUAAUUUUAAAUUCUGGAGGAAAAUGUUUUGUAAACAUUUCCUACUUUUAUUUUAAAAGAUGAAAAGCGGGCCUAUUUCAUCAAAAGAACACACACACUAACAGACAUAAAACUCUAUGCUUUGUUUGUCAAUAUAUUGUUUUCUGUAUUUUUACUGCCCAAAGAUAUGCAAAGCUUUUUAUUCCCGGCAUGGAAACCAACAAAUGUCGUAACGUAUGUGUCACCUUGAUCCAGAUUGUCCUAUUAUGGUCAGAUUUGUGAUGGUGAAAAUCAGGUGGCAAAAUCAGAAGUCAGUAAUUUUGCAAAACGCUAAACAAAAUUUCUGAAGCCAUAUGCACCUAUGCAGUAUUUUCAGUGUGAAGAAUUUACUUAUCUACAUAGCAAAAUGUUUCUACAAUUUAUUCUAAGUCAUGUAUGAUUCUUUUUGAUUAUUUGCAUGUUGUGUUUAACAAGCUAAUAGCAAAAUAAAACAUAGCAAGUGGCA